AUGGCAUAUUUACCUAUUUCAAUUGUUGCUAAGGUGGUACACAAAUGGUUUGUACCAAGCAACGAUGGCUCAAGGCUUCCUCUGUUGAUGGACUUCGACUUAAUGGAUAAUAAGGGAUCUAAAAUUCAUGCAUCUGUCAAACGGGAACGCGUCUACAAGUUCGAUUCAGCAAUUGUUGAAGGAUCGGUAUACUCAAUAAGCAAAUUUAAUGUUACCGAUUCAACUGGCCCAUUCAGACCUACCCGACAUGCACACAAAUUGACUUUUGAAUUGGAUACAAAAGUCAUCCCUGUGCCUGCCAACAGGGUAACACAUUCUGUGUUCAACAGUUUCACACGCCUGGAAGAUAUUUUUUCUCCAGGAUUUGAUGCCAAUUAUUUAGUUGGAUACGGUACGGAGAAGACAUUUGAACGUUAUGGGCAAAUUAAUAGACAAAAUCAUAUUGAGAUUGAAUAUGAAGGCUUCAUAGACAAUUCAGAAAAUGUCUCUAAGUCUCUAACUCAAUUGAGUGAUCCAGAAAAAAUUUCAGAGGAAGAUGAGUUUCUGAAAGGAGGACCGAGAAAGACAAUUUCUGAAGUUAAGCAAUGGAAGAUGCGUUCUGCCUGCAUUUUUAUAGCCACAAUCAGCGAUAUUGAGGAAAGUGGUUCUUGGUAUUACAUUGCUUGCAAGUGCAACAAGUCUGUAUCAGAGGACUCUGAACUAUAUUUUUGUGCAAACUGCAACAGGCACGUGGUCAGAGCCAGUGUCACAUCUAGGUUCUGCAUACGAGUGUCUGUUGUUGAUGACUCUGAAUCGGCGACCUUUGUAAUAUUUGAUCGGGAUGCUGCUUCCUUUUUGAAAACAACGUGUCAAGCCCUAAUUGAUAUCUACAAAAAGCCUAUUCCAACCCCUCCUGAGGUUAAGGGUUUGUUGGGAAUGAAAUUGCUUUUCAAAGUUGAGGGUAGCGAUGCAGUCAACUUUAGAUAUGAGCCAACUUACCGUGUGAAGAAGAUUUGUAGCAAUCCUGAUAUCAUUGCAAAGUUUGUAAGCUCAAUUGAAACUGCAAAUGCUGUCGAAUGUUCUGGGAGUUCAGUUUCACAUGAUAAGAUUGGAUCUGAGUUAGAUCAAAGUCCGUGUAGUGCUGAUCUUUUGAAGACAAAAGUUGUCAGUAAUCAAGUCCCUUUGUCUGAUUCCGAAGGAUUGGAUAAUUCAGCUACUUUGCUCUUAAGUCAGGAAUCUGCUGCCAAAAAAGGAUCAGACUCAAUUUCAAAACCUGCCUCUGGCGUGAAUGUUGUUAACGUGGCAGAUGACAAAUUGGACCUUUCACAAACUUUUGAGGAUACUAUGCUACUAAGAUCGUUGAUUCUACUACUUCAGCACAAUCCAAAGAAUGCUGUAAGAAGAAGGUUGUUACUCCUGCAAAACGAUUGGUGGAUGAGAUAA